AAUAUUUAAUGUUUAUAACUUAUAAGAUAUAAAUUACAAAUAUAGUAUAAAAAAAUAUGUAUUAAUUUAUAAGAUCAUAAUGUUUUAGUGUUAUAUACAAUUCUAUAUACUACGCACUAUUGCACUUCGUUUAUGUGUCGUCGAUCGUCUAUGAAUACUAAGAUACGCAUGGUUAACAAUAUUCCUGGACGAAAUGUAAUUUAAUUACAACUAUAAACAGGAGGUCACAAUUAUAGCAAUUAUUAUUGUUUGUAAAUAUUAUUACUGCAUAAUGUUCGGUUCGCUAUCGGCCAGAACGGCCAAGCAAGACGUGCCAUAGUGGCGUAGAUACGCUUGAUAGUAAACAUGAACAACAGCGACGAAGAAUUACACCGACCUGGCUCAAGCCGUGGAGUGCUAUCUGAUCAAAAAGAAUCGUCUAGAUUAAAUAACAAUGUAGCUCACAGCCAUGAUGGUCCUAAUACUGAAAGUUGUCUUGAUUGUGAUACCCCCGAACAACAUGACCACAUGAUUGCUGCUAGUUUGGUACAUUGUGACCAAGAAGAUAGUGAUUCAGAUAACGAUUCUUGUAUUUACACUUAUCGUGGUGAUCGGCAAGAGCCGGCAGUUGAAAAUUUACCCAUAGAUGAUAGAAGUACAUCGCCUUUGAUGGAUUACUUAGAAAUGGACUUUGAACCUGAACCUACUGUUAACAAUGUAUCUGAAGAUGAAGAGAGUACUGAACCAAUGGCCAAUAAUGCAAAUGGUACAAUGCAGCUAAUAAAAGACCUAUUGACUGCUUAUUCCGAUAUAGGUCCAAAUUUACAAGAAAACCAUCUUAAUAUUACAAAUAGUGUGAUGCGUGAGCCAACUAAUUCAAAUCCAAUCCCUCGAUUACCAAUAUCAAAUUCAAAUGUACCCACUUUGCAUUUAAGGGCUCUUAAUACUAAUCUCCCUGUUAGUAAAGAAGAACGUAAUGGAUGUAUGAGACGCAAUUCUGAUACAACGGAGGUAUGUCAAAAAAUGAAAAGAAUGCGUGUUGAUGAUUUAACUUGGAUUAAAGAAAUGGUAUGGUCAGAAAAAGAGGCAGCUCAGCUUCAAGUAAACCAAAUUGGUGUAUCAGCGUGUGGGGCAACUGCAGUUGUAAAUACUCUAUUGGCUCUAAGAACACAAUUCAACUUAGACCGUAUAGUUCAGAUUAUUGGUACCCGUUUACGUAAUGAGACUGCUGCACUUGUUCCCUAUUUGGAAUCUCGAGCUGUAGCUGGUUGCAUGCCCCAAGAUUUAGUUAGAACUUUGGAAACUGCAACAGAUUCACAAGUCAGUGCUAGGUUUUUUGCUACUAAUCAAUAUUUGGAUUUACCUCUAGCUCCAUGGCUUGCAACUUGGAUAAAAAAAGGUGCUGUUCCCAUAUUGACAUUAAACCUCCAACGUGCAAAUGUGCCACCUUCUCUUGUGCCAGAUAGUUGGCACCAUCAAAUGGUCUAUGGAGUAUCGUACAAUCCCUUACGUCCAGAAUUUGCUCAAAUUUACUUAACAAAUCCACUGAGCGUAUCAUGCAUGGAGUCGUUAAUUCCACAAUUAUUUUCUCCAUCUUCAUUGAUGAUUAAAAGAGCUGAUAUAUUGUCCAGGUGGACCCCUCAAACAGAUCUCAUGUCUUUGGCCACACAUCCUAGUCGACAUUGGCAUAGAUUUAAUGUGUUAGGACAAGUGGUAAAUCUUUUACGUGAAGAAAAAGAAAAUGUCAAAUUUACUAAUCAUAUUGUCAUACCGGCUAAUUAUAAAAGUGGUAUAACUUUAGCAAUGAAAACAUCAUCAAAUUAUAGCCAUGAAUUGAAAUCUGUGCCAGAACUAUAGAUAAGUACCAUGAAAUAAAGGUAUUUAUUUAUUAUCUUUAUAUAAGUUAUAACUGUCAAGAUAUUUUUAAUACUUGAAUGAAUG